AGUGUCAGAAUCCUGGAGCCGGUAUCCUGUUGGUCUACUGGCAGGUAAUAGAUAUCAAAUGGGGGUCUAUGACGAAUGUGUCGAUGUGCAUCAUCCGAUAAGAGGACAGUAUUGUUUGUCUGAAAUAAAAUUAUCUCCACCGGACGGGAAAAAUUAUGGUUUCAAUAGAACUGAAAAUCUUGACGAUUUUGGCAACAAUCAUGCAUGGAAAACAGUACUCGGGUGGGUAGAUUAUCCAGAUCAAGUCCAACGAAAUAGCUUACAUUUAGGAAUCUGCAUUCCGGAUUCUUGUACAGCAACAGAUCUUCAAACAUCAUUGCAAAACGAAUUGGACAAGGUGUUCAUACCAGAGCAGUUCAAAGCUGUUGUUAAAGUAAAUCCGCUCUUGUGCACUGUUAGUGGAGACAUGUAUCCUUACAAUACAGCAUAUUACGUAACCAACGUGAUUUUCGGAUUGCUAUUUUUAAUUUGUGGCGCUUCAACAGCAUUUCAUUAUAUAGCAUUAAAUCGCCAACAAAAGAAGAAAGAAGACGAAAGAGAAGUUCCAAAUUCAUUUUUCUACUUAUUUUCUUUUAUUCAUUCGCUUAAAAUAUUAUUGAAGUUCGAUAAAAAUAACGAAUAUAAUAUGAUAAAUGGUUGGAAAGCGGUUAUAAUGAUAGUAAUUUUAUUGGGUCACAGAUUUAUGUAUUUAGUUGGAAAUCCAAUAAGUAAUCCUAAAUUCAUAGAAAACUUAUACCUCAGCGGACGCGGUCUUUAUUUGACUAGUAUGAACUUAACUGAUCCAUUUUUUUUCGUUACUGGUUUUCUGAUAUAUUCGACAUUAGUACCGGUUUAUAAAAAAACAGAAGAGAUGUCAGUUUUGCUAAAACUUAUUUUGCCAAUCAUCUACAGAAUGAUCAGAAUAUUACCGGCUUAUUGUGCAAUGAUGGCGAUCACCGCACAUAUCGUGCCUCACCUCGGAGACGGCCCACUAUGGCCUUAUAAAACCUGGGACGAAGCCGAUAUAUGCAAAAACUAUUGGUGGACCAAUAUGUUGUUCAUAAGUAAUUUAAUUGAUACUAAGUAUGAAUGCCUUAUAGCCAGUUGGUACAUAUCGUGUGAUGUUCAGUUUUUCAUACUUGGAGUUAUUGUUGUUUACAUUUACACGAAGAACACUAAAUCCGGGAUUGGAUUAUUAACUUUAAUCCUUGGUGUAUCGAUAGCUGUGCCAUUUAUAAUCACGAUAUUGACAAAAAGGGAGGGAAUAAUUAAAAUACUUCUUCCAUUCUUAGAAAACACAAGAUAUUCCAAAACAUUUAAUGAGUCAUACAGAUUAAGUUACACCCGAGCUUUUCCUUUUUUUAUGGGUUUAACAACAGGUAUAACCAUUGAUAAAUUAAAGGAAAACAAAGUAAAAUUUUCACAAAUGACUGUUCAUGUUGGAACUUUCACUAUUGCCGUGAUUUGUUUAUGGAUUCAGUUUUAUGGAGUUGUAUUUUAUAAGAGAGAUAGGCCUUAUUAUGUGAUAGAACAAGCUCUAUACUCAACUUUAAAUCAUUGCACAUGGGUAAUAUUAUUUGGAUGGAUAUUUGUUUGCCAUUUCACAAGUGGUUAAGGUCUAAUAUCCAAAAUUGUGACUAAUAGAUUAAUAGUAUCAUUGGGGAGACUUUCAUAUUCCGUUUUCUUAGUCAACCUCACUAUUAUGAUGAUAUCACAGAGUCGAAUGAGAUCACCUAAUUAUCUAUCAAGAAGAACUGUGGUGGAUGCCUGGAUAUAUGAUGCAUUGAAAAGUUAUUUUAUGGGCUUAGUAUUAUUCUUGGUUGUCGAAGCACCAGUAGGCAGUUUGGCGACGAGAUUUAUUAAACGGAAGUAAAACAUUAGUUUUGUGUAUGAUAAAUUAUUGUGAGUGGUUUGAGUAUUGUCAAAUCUCCAAAAAGUAUAUUUAUUUCUAUUUUUACUAUCUUUUUGUAUCUUUACCUAAUAUAUUUUUAAUUGAUGUAACUAUAAAUAAACUUAUAUUUGUAUAUA